AACAAAUCUUCUCGAGGAAGGUUGUCGUUCUCGGAACGCUGUUUUGUUUCUUGUACGGGACUUGUAACUUGUGUGUGAAAGAAAAAUAAAUACACAAGAAACUACAGCAAAUAAGAAAAAAAACAUCCAGUGUGUAGUAAAAUAAUUUCAAGAAGGAAAACAACAAAAAAUAAGCGAAUUUUUAAACGAAAAACAAAAUCAUUUACGAAUUUGAAGUGUAACGAAAUGGCAAAACCAUCGUUUUUCUUUUCUUCUUAAAAAAAAAUAUAUGUAAUGUGAAAAAAAGAGGAAAGAAAGAAAGAAAAAUAAAAUAUGUAAAAAAGCUACUACCUACAAGAAAUGAAAUCCAAUUGAAAAUCCUUUACCAAGAAGCUGAAAAUAAAAGAAGUGUGUGUUGUGUGAGUACAAAUGUGUGCCUGCUGCUGCUCUUUCCGUCUGUCCGACUGACGACUGCCUGCAUUUGUAUCCAAUAAGAAGAAAUUUGCAAAAAUUGCACUUUUUUCUUGCACAUUCUAAACGAGCGAGCCAGAGUCAGUCAGAGUGGAGGAGUAAAAUGAAAAUGGAAAAAUUGCACAAAAAUCGUUGAGAAAACGGAAAAUAAUAAAACGGAAAAUUGUGUAAUAACAAAUUGUGAAGAAUUUUUCAAAGUGAUGAUGAUGCUGUUGUGAAGAAAAAAAUGUUUAAAAAAAUGUAUAAUUAAAAGCAAAGAAUAGCAAAUUGAAAAAAUAAACCACAAGAAAAGAGUAAAGUGAAGAAGAAUUAAACACCACAGCAAGAUACAAUAACAACAAGCAGAAAAAAAAACUAAUUUUUCUAAAGGUAUUUGAUUAAUUGCACGACGGAGUUCAACUGGCUGUAAAAAUAGAAAUCCUGCAAUUAUUUGUAUUUUGUUGCUGCUAUCCAUACUUUUGCGGUGCUGUUGGCUGUCCAGUUUCUAGAAAAAGCUGAUUGUAUUGGCAACAGAACAAAAAAAAUAUAAGAGGAAUCUUCUCUUAGCCAUUACAACAAAAUGUUGAGAUCCGACACGAACGUCUAACUGACGUGUUGUCCCUUUUUAGCUGCCCUCCCCAAAUUAGCCGUUGGUUUGUUGUAACAACAACAACAUGAUUAUUGCAGCAUUGAAAAUGUGGCCGCUGCAAUAUCAUUGUCAAGUGUCGCAACAACAACAACAAAUGCUGCUUCAAAUGCCCGACUUCUCAUAACAUUCUAAAAAAAAACGACUGGAUUCCUAAUCUGAAGUCAUCGCCGUACCACAUGGAAGACGAUUUCCUCAGAAGACGACGAUAUCAGUAUUAUUUUAAUUAAUCUCUCUCUUGCGCGCGCUCUCUCACUCUCUCCAUCUCUCAGGGAGCAGCAGUAUCUUCUUCUCUUGCUAAUCAAGCCACAGAAGGAAUAUUUUCCCCCCACAGACUAUAUUCAACAGCCAGCAAGAGGAAGACAGAACACGGCCAAUAUCACAACCAUUGGCGGGAGGGGAAAGCGGCGGUGUGGAAAGCAGACACCAGCCUUGCUGUUGCUGAAAGAGCCGCCAAAACGCCCACAAAAUGGUAACACCAUCAACGGCGGUGGCAACAACAGCAGCAGUAUCAUCAGCAUCCAAUGACAACAACAGCAACAAUACGUCAAUACAACAACAUCAUCAGCAACUCCAACAGCAGCAGCAACAGCAUCAGCAGGAUGUGCCACAAACGUCUUAUGCAGCAACUCAGGCAACCACUACCGCCACAACCUGCAGUGGCAUGGCCGCCACCGCCGGCGCCAUACCUCGACAACAUCCAAAGAAACGUAAAUUCGAUCCCUCAGAACUGGAUGAGGCCAACGAUAAUCACCAACAGUCACAGCAGCAGGUCAAGCAGGACAACGUCCACACAUCAGCAGAGAUUAAGGCCUCCCCCGCAUCGAGCUCCUCCAACACCUGCAACACCUCAUCCUCCUCCUACAACACAACAAAUGUGGUUGAUGCCACAACAUCAACAGCCAUUAGCAACAACAACAGCUCAUCCACAACCUGCACCACCACAAGUAAUGGCAUCAACAAUGCCAGCCGAGGAGAUGGUGCAACCUAUUGUGGUGCCACAGCCACCACCACCACCACAAAUGGCACCGUAGACAGUGAAGUGGCAGGAGGGGGAACAGGCGGCUGCGGCGGAGGAGGUAUUUACACAUUGCGCACAACAACAUUUGGAUCUCCUUCGGGAGGUGGUACAGCAACAUCUGUGGCCCACAGCAGCAGUGAUACCAGUAGCGGGUCUCUGGUAUCCAUUGCGUCCAAGGCCAGUACAUGCACGGAGAUACCCGAGAAACGUACAAUUAUAACGAGUUCUCAUGCAGCUGGCGGCGUUCCUGGUGUUCCUGGUGCCGCAUCAACGUCAACAACUACAACAACAUCUAUACACAAACAAUAUGUGGUAAAUGACAACAACAAUGCAAGCAGUGGCAGCAACCACAAUGCCAAUACCCCCACAACAGCAACAGCCAGCAUCAAUGGUAGUAAUAGCAACAACAACAACAACAAUUUAAAUCAACAAAAUAAUGUUGCUGGACAACGAUAUCAUUUUGUACAACAACAACAACAACACCAACAACCGCAACACAAAACACAGAUACAUGUUGUUGCUUUGAAUAGCAACAGCCAACAACAACAGCAAUUACAAAUGCAACAACAUCAUUUACAGCAACAGUCGUCCUCUUCGUCUGUGACAGUAGCAACAGCAGCCCCACCACCACCACCACCCCAACAAUCAUCAUCUGCAGCAACUGUUGUCAACAACACAACAUCCUCCGUCACAUCAUCGAUGUCCGUCUCCGCAUCCUCGUCCUCCUCUGCCACCACCACACCCUCCAUCUCCUUCUCCUCAUCGACCAGCAGCAGCAAUGAUGGGAUUGUACUUAAUCUAAGUGAUUGGAUUGAUACCCGAGUACUGGCCAAAGUGAAUAACUACUAUGCUCCGGGCGUGACGCGCCAGCCAUCGACAACGACGACAUUGACGUCGUCAUCGUCGCCGAAUGCCAUCAUCGAUGUGCCACCGAAUUCAAUUAUUGUCGAAUUUGAUCCACCAGAAAAUAGUACACACCUAUACACGGAUGUACUUAAUAGUGGGCGUUUUAAUGUGAUAUUGGACGCAAGUCCACCAGCGGCCGAUCUCUUGGAGGACACCCGUGUCUGUGUGCGAACAUCCAUUGAGGGCCGUGAGGGUUGUGUGUUUGUCGAAGGCACCGUUAUCGAGGUACAUCCGGCAACAAAACAGUUUACAGUACAAAUUGGAACCACGGAGACGGGAGCGGCAAUUUUGAACACUGUAAAACGUGCCGAUCUACGUUUGCUGCUGCCACCCUGGUGGGAUGAACUAAACGAAGUGUCACCCCUACUGCAAACUGUCCCUGCAAACAACAACAAUGCGUUUACGACCAAAAAAGUGGCCGCUGCAGCGUCACCACAAUCCAGACGUACCUUGGGCGCCACAACGGUACAAUAUGCGAUGAAUCAUCAUCAGGGCAGUAAAACGCCAACGACGGGUCUUCAUCAUGGUCCACAUCCAUAUCAUUCACAUGGCCCGCAGCAGCAGCUGCAUCAUCAGGAUCCCCAGCAACAGUCACAACACACAACACAUCAUCAACAUCAUCAGUUGACCUUUAUCAAUAAUAAAAUGGUAACUCCCAGUGGGGCGGCGGCAGCGGUUCUGCAACGGACAUCGGGUCAUCAGACGGUGACAACGCAACCGAAACCGGAUGAUUAUUACAGGACCAUAGCCACAUCGCCGUUUCAAACGACUGGUGGGAAUAUUGUGAACGGGAGUGGUAAUGGCAAUGUGGUGGUGGUCACUAACGCAGGAGGACAGCAUCAAAAUGCCUAUUUACUGCAAAACAAUGCAAAUGGUUGUGUUGAGACCGAACCACAACAACAACAACACCACCAUCAUCUUCACCCACAACAUCAACACCAAACCACGGCAAUGGAACAACAUCAACAUCCCCAUCAACAUUCGCAGCAGCAGCAUCAUGGAAUCGAUUCUAAACUACAAACAUCUGAUGAAAUGGCAAUGCAACAGCAGAGGCGACAACAACGUCAUCACCAACAGCUGCAACAACAGCAUCGUUCCACCACCACCACCACCAGCACUACUGCUGCCAACACCGCCACCUAUGACGACUCCUACGAUUCCGAUGAAGAACUGAAACGUGUCGAUAUCGGCGGCUAUGCAUCGCUCGCCGAUGCCGAUCCGGAAAAGCUGUCCGGCGGCAGCAAACGCAGCAGCAUGCAAAGUCGCGGCAGCUCAUCAUCAGCACUUGAACAGAGGCUAACACCACGAUCUCAUCCAGCUACACCACGAUCUCAAGCGAAUACGCCGCAUCGCUUCAAAAAGGGCGACAUUGUCGAGUCCGAGUCGGGCGUACGCAAAAAAUUCAAUGGCAAACAAUGGCGUCGAUUAUGUUCGCUGUGUUCGAAGGAAUCUCAGCGCCGUGGCUUUUGCUCGCGCCAUCUCAAUCAGAAGGGCAAUUCGUUGCGUUCAUCCGGACCGAGUCGUUUUCCAAGUGAUAUUAGCAGCCGUUCGAGCAGUAAAACCCAAAUCGAUGAGGAUACAUCUCGUGAUUCGGAAACGUCUCCAAAUUAUCGUACAACCGGACGUUUCGAUCAGGAGGAAACGGAUGUGGCCAAUAUGUUGGUAUCCCUGGGUAGUUCCCGUUCCGGCACACCCUCAUACUCAUCGCCCGUCAAUCAUGGCACCUCACCGAUGAAUGCCAACAAUUCUCCAGUGCCACCGGUGGUGGCAACAAAUCGCCAAAAUUUCUUUACACCCAUUGGCGGGGGACCGGCAACGCCCUCACAAGACGCCCACGCAAUCAAGUGGAAGGCCACACCGUCGCCGGUAAUGUACAAUGGUAUGGGUGGGUAUGGUUCUCAGGUUAUAUGUCCCGAAUCUGUGAGAGCCCAUCAGGCGGCUGGCGUCGGUGGCCAGUCAACGGCACCAGUACCAGCUCCGCCACCACCACCCCAACAGUCGCCUGUGUCAAUGGUAAUGCAUCAGCCUGCAGUGGUUUCAACACCACCCCAACAGCCAGUCAUGUCACCACAUUUACCGCUGACACCUCAGCAGCAUCAUCACUUGCAGGCAUCAAUAUCUCCAGGGCCGCCACCACCACCCAUGGUAAUUACGUCGUUGUCUUCAUCAUCAGCGGCGGCCCAUACAUCUUCGGCUGCCACCAUUACAUCCAUGGCCCAUGCUACAAGUGUCAUACGAAUAUCACCAGCGGCUGCUGCAUCAUCGACAACAGCAACAAACAUGACCAAUGCUGCCCUGAUACAGGCGGCACAGGCUCAGGCCUCCAGUCAAGGCCAAGGUGGGAGCGGUGGUCAGUCAUUUCAUCCCGUUAUUGUGGAUGCCACCCAAUUGAUGCCCCUGCUGCCGGCCCAUCAACAGCCACAGCAGCCCAGACAGCAAUCAUCUCCCUCACCACAACAACAACAAAAUACCGGACUCAACUCAAUUCAGGGUAUUCACCAUCAACACCAUAGCGCUUCUGCUGCCGCAGCGGCCGCCGCUGCUGCUUCGUCGUUGCAUCAAUUGCGACACAAUUCAGCUGGCGGAGCCACGGCAACUUUGUUGACAAUGCAGCACCAACAGCAACAGGUAAAGGCACAACACCACACACCUCCCCAUCAUCAUCAGCUACAACAACAGCAACAACCGCAACAACAACAACAGCAAUCUAUUCCAAAAAACGGCAUUAAUGCGGGGUCGAUUUUUCAAUGGCAUACGCUGCUGCCUCGCAUCCAUCAAUCCCCCGUUAAAAGUCAACAACAAGCCCCCAACUAUUCCUUAGCCGGUAUUGUGCCACCCACACCCUCUCCAACCAUUUCCAAUACCACAGAGGCAGCAGCAUCAACACCACCACCACCUCCAACAUCUCAUCAUCAGUCAGCAGCAACAUCAUCACAACAACAAAAUUUGCCAGUGAACGCCAACAACAACAAUGGUCACAUGAUGACCAUCAAACAGUCCAUGUCAUCUCCUGGCUCUGCAAAUCCCCUGAAUCUGAGUGAUGCCAAUAAAAACUCAGCCAUGGCAUCAUCCGCUUCGGACUUGACAAACUCUGCUGAUGACAUUGAUGAUCAGCUGGAUGAUGAUGUCUUUGAACCAUCGCCCAAAACUGAUAACACCACCAGCUCCUCCAACAUGGCCAGUAAUUUGAGUAUCAACAAAAAUAAACGACAGGAACGUUUCAACAACGAUUCUCAACACCAGAGCAUAAGAGGAGGUUAUAGGCCCAAUAUUUAUAGUACCUCGGCGGCUGGAGAAACAUCAACAUCAGGUGCUGCUGGAGGACGCAGGGGAGGUAAUGACCUCAACGAUGGCCAUGAGACUUCAGGCAACAACACAAAUCAUGGAGGUGGGGCAUCCAAGAGACGUUCUCAGUCCCUAAGUGCUUUGCAGCAACAACAAAAUGCAGCAGCUGCAGCAGCGGGAGGACCAGGAAGUGGUGGUCCCACAGAUGCCAAUAGUGGCUGUAAAGAGCCCAUGAGUCCCAUGACAAAGAGCAAAAUACGACGUCCCAUGAAUGCCUUUAUGAUCUUUUCCAAAAAACAUCGCAAAUUGGUACACAAAAAACACCCAAACCAAGAUAAUCGUACAGUUAGUAAAAUCUUGGGUGAAUGGUGGUAUGCCCUGAAGCCAGAGGAGAAGGCCCCGUACAAUGAGUUGGCCUCUUCCUACAAGGAUGCCCACUUCAAAUUACAUCCCGAUUGGAAAUGGUGUAACAAAAAUCGCCGUAAAUCAUCCAGCUCCAGUAAGGGUAGUGCAGCAGGUGGUAAUUCCAACGCCAAUGCUGUUCCAGGUUCAUCAGCGGGUGGCAAUGAUAUGAAUUAUCGUUUAGAUUCCAUCGAUGGUUCAGACUCAAUUGAUCAGGAACAUAGUCCCACCACGCCGGGUUAUGCCACCGCAUUCAAUAGCUCCGGUAAUGGUAGUCUUUCGGCAAAUUGUAGUGGUGGCCCUAACGGUGGUCUGGGACAAAAUUCCGCUAAUGAUAUGCAAACCGAUAUUAUACCAUUGACCAUUGCAACAUACAACACUUCGUGCACCGAAUCAUCGGAUCCAACAACAAUCAAUAGUCAUCAUUUGUCUGGAUUGCAAAAAUGUAUCAAAGAAGAGCCGAUGAAAUUGGAUAUUACCUCAGAGGAAGAACAAAUGGUCAUUGAUGAAGAUCACGAUGAACAACAACAAUCGAAUAAUAAUGGCAACAACAACAACAAUGCAAACUUUUACCAUCAACAACAACAGCAGCAGCAACAACAUGAGCCACAAAAUUCCACAAAUUCCUCGUCGGUUGAUCUCAAGUGUCGUGAACGUGUUACCGAUUCCGAUGUCGAAGAUACUGGUCAUGAUUAUCGUAAAAAUCUCACCGCGAUUAGUCAUGCUGCCAAUGAUAAGGAUGACCAGCAGCAACAACAGGCCACACCGCCGGCUACUUGCAAACCAACACCCUUGAAGGCAUUACCACCCAAUUUGGAGAACAGUAUGAUGAAGUUCAAACAAAUGGCGAUGCUAUCAUAUCCAAGUCCCAAAAAUCCAAUUGGUGUAACACCUUUCCAACCCACAGGUGGUGCUUUUAAGACUAUGCCCAUAAGUCCAAAGAGUACAAAACACGAUGAACAACAACCACAACAAAUUAUUAUUAAACAAGAAGAUCUCAUGGAUGUACCGCAUAUUAAACAAGAACCUCCCUCACCCUAUAAAUUGAAUGGUGGCGGCGGAAAUCUUGGAACGGCGGGCUCUGGCAAUUCGUCUACAAAUAGUUCAGCAUCAAGUGGUGGUAAUAUAUUUACCUUCAACGUGCCCCAGGCCACACAACAAAACAAAACGUCACAAUAUGUGGCCGGUGGUCCACCAUUGCGUAGUCCUACCGAUCCCAGGGCAACAUGUGGUUCCCAGGCGACAUCCUUGACGGUGGUCUCAUCAUCGGCUGCAGCAGCUGCAUCGGUGCCUUCAUCCCCAGCGGCUGGUGGCGGCGGGCAGGCGGCCAAGCAGCAGAUCUUGUUUGCCGUUAACAAUGCCAUGUCACAUCAUCAGUAUGCUGCCCUAUUACCCUUGCAUCAACAACAACAAUCUCAACAGCAGCAACAACAACAACAACAGCCGCCACCACCACCAAAUACUCUACAAAUGCAGUAUAUCUUCAAAACCCACAAUGGUCAAGGUGAACUGGUGCCUACCUCGAAUCCGAAUGCUUUAAUUCUACAACACAACUAUAAUCAAGAAACCCUUCCGAUAUCACCAUCGCACCGAAACUCCCUACCAACAACACCCAAAUCGGCAACCGAAACUAGUUUCCAACGUAAUCCAGCCGAUGGUAGUUUCGAUGAGACCGUUGAACAAAAGCAGGAUAGCAAUGAAAUGCAACAGCAAUUUAUAUUGGCACCCACCCCAGCUCAGCUGGGUAAGGCACCAUUGCAACGUCGCAAAAAUUUGUCUGUGGGCAGUAUGGGCUCCAUAAAACAAGAAGGUGGCAAUUUUAGCACAGCCACCAUUUUGUCAAAUUCCAAUACAGGCGGCGGCGGCACUGGUGGUGGUAAUGUCAACAACAAUUUGCAUUCACCCACAAUGGAGGGAUCUUCGCCGAUUAUAGGACAUGUCUCGACGGUGACUAUAACAUCAGCAUUGCCGACACCUACCUCAUCGUCUACCACACCGAACAGUGACGAACAAUUACCUCUGACGCCGUCAUCGAGUAGUGGUGGUGCUGGUAGUGGUAGCAGUGGUUCGACGACGAUUAGCACAAACAACUCCUCAAUACCUAAAUCGCCAAAAUCACUGCAUGGUCCGAAGAAGAAGCAACACCAGCAUAUGCAUCAGCAGCAGCAACAACAGCAGCAGGAUGGCAAAUCAAAUGCCCUGGCUUCAAGCGUUUUGGCUGAUUUUGAAAAGAAAUACGAGGCAUUGCCACAAUUCAAGCCAAAGGAUUGUCAAUCACCCAGCGCCAUUGCAGUGCCAUCUUCACCAAGGGUCUAUGGUACAAAUUAUCGUAAAAAGAAUGCUACUGCCCCGCCACCAGUACAAAGGAUACAAAGCGAAGAUGAGGCAACCGAUGAUACGGCUUCAGUACCACCCACACCACAACAGCGUUUCUUUGGUCCAGAUUUUAAUAUUGACACUCUAAGAGAAUUAGAAUCAUCGGACCAAACGGGACGCUCACCCCGUACACCGCAAACACCACUGCAAAGUGCCCGCUCAGAUGCCAGUGAAAAAGGCCACCGUAAACUCUUGGAACAGCGACGUAAUUUGGUGUUGCAAUUAUUUAACGAACAUGGAUUGUUUCCAUCUUCCCAAGCGACAAUUGCUUUUCAGAAAAAACACAUUGAUGUCUUUCCACGUCGUCAAGAUCUGCAAUUGAAAAUCCGUGAAGUGCGUCAGAAACAAAUGAAUCAGUCCGGCUAUACACCGCAUUCGGCUGGUCCCAUUACACCAUCUGAGAAUAGUAAUCAAUCAUUGUCAUCGGCCAUGCUAACAACAGCAACAACAAAUUCCAACAGCAACAACACAAAUUCAACAAAUACAUCGGGAAUGAACCUGCAACAAACCAUAGAACAGCAACAGCAACAACAAUCCCAACAAAGUUAACUUUAAGUUAAUGCAACCUUUGUUGGAAUGAUGUAUAUUUCUACAAUACAGAAGAAAAAAAAUAAUACUUUUUUACAAAAUUGACAAAAUAUCGCACAGAUACACAACUCUUUUACACAAUAAUUACAACAACAGCAGCAACACAUACACACACAGAUAACUUGAAAAAAAACAAACAAACAACAAAAAGCAUGCAUUAAAUGCAUGUAAAAAAAUUUACAAUAACCGCGAGUGUUGUAGGUUAAUGAAAACAAAAAGGAUUUAGAAUCUUUAAGCUCUCCCCAAACCUACACAUAACCCCCCAAAUACACACACACACACACACAAACAUAGAAUUAUGCAUACAAAAAUCCAUUAAUUAUAUUAAACAUAGGUCCUUCCCCCCUCUAAACGAAAAUAAUGAAAAAAGAAGAACGUAUUAUUAAUAAAACAAAAAGAAAAAAUGAACAAAUGUUAAAAACGCUAUAAAAAACAAAAAAGAGAAUAACAUUUAUGUAUACCAACAUAUAAACGAUUCAUUGCAAAACAAGUCAUUUAGUAGAUUGGCAUAAUGAAAACCACCAUCGCCCCUCCUCCCCCUUUCCCUCAAAAUAACAAUAACAAGAAGAAGUGAAGAGGAAACAAAGAAGCAAACAAUGAUAUGUUGUUGUCGAUAAAGAGCAACAAAUUUAAAACGUACAUUAUUAGGUUAUAAACAAUAACAAAAAACAAAUAUUACGUUUAUAUUUGCAAGAAAAACGAAUGAUAUCACAAUGAAGAUAGUGUUUGGAAAAAAAGAGAAGGAAGAAGAAGAAGCAGAUAAUCUUAGUAAUAAUAUACACACAAAAAGGAAAUAACAAUUAAAGUCAUAUUAGAUUGUAAAAAACACAAAACAGAACAUAUAUAAAUACUUUUAUACAAACAUCUCUACACCUACACCUACACAACAAAACACCAACUCACUCCACUCCCAAAACAAAUUGUAUUCAUAUUUCUAAAAUGUAUGUUAUUUCUAUAUUUUUUUUAUUUUCACUUUAAUUUUUUUUUUUAUUUAUUUCCUUUUUUAUUAGAAUUUUGAUUUCGAUUUUCAACUUUUUUUAAAAAAAAGAACACCCUCACAAAUGUAAUGAUGUAUUCAAAACACACACACAAACACACGAUACUGUCUGGUUAUAGAAUUGUUAUAGUCAGUAAAUGGAUUGAUUAGGGACCAAUGACCAUCGAUUAUUGAGUUGUGAUCAAAAACCAUUGAUUUGUGAUCAGAAAACAUUGAUUUUUGAUCAGAAAUCAAUGAUUUGAAAAUCAUAGAUACUCAGUGGUCAUCAAUGAUUGAAAAGUCAUAAAUCAAUGAUUAAAAAGUCAUAAAUCAAUAAUCAGAAAUCAUAGACCGAUGAUCACAAAUUAUUGGCCAAUAAUUUUUCAAUGCAGAAAUGAUUGAUUUGUGAUCAAAAAUUAUUUAUUUUAUUUGUGACAUAGAUAGUCAGUUACCAUCAAUGAUCGGAAAUUAUUGAUCGAUUAUCCAAAAUCAUUAAUCAAUGAUUAGAAAUUGUGAUCAAAAAUCAUUGAUUUGUCAUCAAAAAUCAUUGAUUUGUUAUCAAAAAUCAUUUAUUGGUGAUUAAAAAUCAUAGAUACUCAGUGGCCAUCAAUGAUCGAUGAUUGAAUAUUCAUAAAUCAAUGAUUAAAAAGUCAUAAAACAAUGAUCGGAAAUCAUAGACCGAUGAUCACAAAUUAUUGGCCAAUAAUUUUUCAAUGCAGAAAUGAUUGAUUUGUGAUAAAAAAUUAUUUAUUUUAUUUGUGACAUAGAUAGUCAGUUAUCAUCAAUGAUCGGAAAUUAUUGAUCGAUCAUAAAAUCAGUGAUCAGAAAUCAUAGAACGAUGAUUGCAAAUUAUUGGCCAAUAAUUUUUUUAAUCCAGAAGUCAUUGAUUUAUGAACAGAAAUCAUUGAUUCAAUUUGUGACCUAAAAUUUCGGUGAUCAUCAAUGAUCGGAAAUUAUUAAUCGAUGAUCCAAAAUCAUGAAUCAAUGAUAAGAAAUUGCCCAAAUUUUCCAAUCAUUGAUUGAUGAUAAAAAAAUUUUGAUCGAUGAUCAAGAAAAAGUUUUAGUUCCAUCGUAAAGAAAUUAUGGAUCCGUCAUCACAAAUCAUUGGUCAGUGAUAAAAAAAUCAUUCAUCGCGAUCAAAAUGUAUGAUUGGUGGUCAAAAGUCAUUGAUCGAUGAUCACCAACCAUAAUAUUUGAUUAUCGAUCGAUAGUCAAGUCAUAGAUAAAAAAAAUUUUUUUGAUCCAUGAUUAAGUAUCACAAAUCGAUCAUAAAAAUGUUUUGUUCCAUCAUAAAAAGAAAUAUUGAUCCGUCAUCACAAAUCAUCGAUCAUUGAUAAAAAAAAAUCAUUUGUCACCAUCAAAAUUUAUGAUUGGUGGUCAAAAAUCAUUGAUCGAUGAUCACAAACCAUAAUAUUUGAUUGAUGAUCAAAAGUCAUUGAUCGAUAGUCAAGUCAUAGAUCAAUGAUCAAAACUCAUUCAUCGUGGUCAAAAGUUUUUAAUCAAAUUUAUUUAACCAAAUUAAUUAAUGAUCAAAAAUCAUUGAUCAAUGGUUAUUGAUCCUUAAUCAAAAAUCAUUGAUCGAUAACCAAAAAGCAUGGCCCUUUUUUCCAAAUCAGCGAACAAUGACUACGAGUCAUUAGUCAAAGAUCACAAGUCAUUAGCAAAUUAUCAUAAUAAUUGACCAGUCAAUCAAUAGCUUUUGAUUCAUGGUCAAAAUAAUUGAUCAGUUAUCAAAAGUCAUUGAUCGUUGAUGAAUAAUCAAUCAUUAAUUGAUAACUAAAAAUCAUUUGUCGAUUAUUAAAAUCAUUUAUUGAUUGUUCAUUCACUCAAUAAUCAAAACAAUUGAUCUAUGAUCAAUGGUUUUUGAUCCUUGAUCUGAAUUAGUAUCAUUGAUCAAAUAUAAAAAAUCAUUAGUCGAUUAUUCCAAACCAACGAUCAAUGAUCACGAGUCAUUAGUCAAUGAUCAAAAUAAUUUAUCUAUGAUUAAUAACUUCUAAUUCAUGAUCAAAAUCGUCAAACAAAAAAAAAUUCAGGGCUCAAAAGUCAUUGAGCGAUGAUCAAUAAUCAAUGAUCGAUAAGCAAAAAUCAUUUGCGAUUUAAAAUCGAUUUAAAAUCAUCAAUCAAUGAUUUAAAAUCAUCAAUCAAUGAUCACGAGUCAUUAGUCAAAAAUCAAACAAUUGACUUAUGAUCAAUGAUUUUGGAUCUAUGAUCAAAAGCAUGCAAACUAGGUUAAUAUCAUUGAUCAAAGAUAAAAAAAAUCAUUGGUCGAUUAUUCCAAACCAACGAUCAAUGAUCACGAGUCAUUAGUCAAUGAUCAAAACAAAUUAACCUGCGAUCAAUAACUUCUGAUUCAUGAUCAAAAUCAUCAAACGAUUAUCAAAAUUCACUGAUUGGAGAUCAAAAAUUGGUCGAUCAUAGAAAAAUAUUGAACAAGGAUCAAAAAUUAAUCGUUCAUAGAAAAAUAUUAAUAUAAAAUAUUGAUCAUUGAUCGAAAGUCAACAAUCUUUGGUCGAGUAUUAGAAUCAUGGAGUAAUGACCAAAAAUCAUUGGUCGAUUAUCCCACAUCAUCGAUUAAUAAUCACGGGUCAUUUGAUCGAAAUAAUUGACUUAUGACCAAAAGUUUUUCAUCCAUGAUCAAAAUCAUUCUGUAAUCUUUGGUCAAAAAUUAUUGAUCGAUCAUAAAAAAAAAUGUUGAUCAAGGAACAAAAAUCAUGACCAAUGAUCAAUAGCUUUUGAUCCAGUAUCAGAAUCAUCUGAUAAAAGAUUAAUAAUUAAUGAUCGAUCAAUGAUCACGAGUCAUUGAUCAAUGAUCUAAGUAAUUGACCUAUGAUCAUCGGAUGGAUGAUAUUGAUCAUGAACCAAAAUCAUUGGUCGAGUAUUAAAAUCAUUAAGCAAUGAUCCAAAAUCAUUGGUUCCUUAUGACAAAUCAUCGAUCAAUGAUCACCAGUCAUUGGUCAAUGAUCAAAAUAUUUUACCAAUGAUCAUAGCUUUUGAUCCAUGAUCAAAUUAUUGGAGAUUAAAAAUUUUUGAUCGAUCAUAAAAAAAAUAUGAUCAAGGAUCAAAAAUCAUUUAUCAGUAAUCAUUGAUCGAAAGGCAAAAAAUCAUUUGUCGAUUAUUAAAAAUUAUUGAAAAAUGAAAAGAAAUCAUUGGUCGAUCAUUCCAAAUCAUCGAUCAAUGAUCACAAGUCAUUGGUUAAUGAUCAAAAGUUAUUGAUCCAUGAUCAAAAUUAUUGAUUUUUAGACGAUUAUCCCAAAUCAAAGAUCAAAAAUCGAGUCAUUGGUCAAUGAUAAAAACUCUCCAAUCUAUAGGUUUUGAUCGAUGGUCGAAAUCAUCUAGCUAUGAUCGAAUACCAUUGAUUGACAAUUAAACAAAUGUCCCUUCAUUCGUGUGUGUGUUUGUGUGCGUGUUAUAAAGCAAACUAUAAUUCUUACAAGAUUUGAUUUGCUCCGACCAACCGGGUUAUUUCAUACAUAUAUUUUCCUUUUAUUUUUCAAAUUUUCUUUCAAAUUUUCCUCUCUGUUGUAGUGGUAACAAAAAGAGUAAUGCAAGUUUUCCUCCUUCUUUUUUUUAGUUAUUUUUUUUUAAAUCUUUAUUUUUUUUAAUUUCGAGACGAUCUCAAAUCCUCGAGUAGUAGUGGCAGACUGGGUCUCCUAUUUAUUUUUUUAAAUAAGCUAAAUAAAUAUGAAGUUAUAUUAUUAUGAUUACAAUUAUUAUUAUUACUAUAUAAAAAAGAAAAAAUUACUAUUAUUGUUUAUGAAUUUUUUAUGAAUUUUCUAUUUUUUAUUAGCUUUUAAGUUAAUUUUAAUUUGUUUUAUUUUUUUAUUAUUAAUAUUUUAGAAAGAAAAGAAAAAAAUUUUAACAUUUUAACUUUUUGUAGAACUCUCCCCCCACUUCCCCUUACCACCUACGUUUUUAAAAAACGUUUUUAAACAAUUUUUUUUAAAUAUAUUUUAAAGUUUUUAAAUUUGAUUUUACCGAUGUUAACCCCCCAAAACUAAGUUUUUAAUCUGUUUUUUUUUUUUAAUUUAAAUUUUGUUUUUAACUUUUUUUUUUUUGUAAAUUAUCCAACCCCCUCUUCUUUUUCCAAAUUUAAUGUAAAGUAGCAUUUGAUAAAUCACAAUGAUAAUGAUGAUGAUAAGAAGAAAAGUAAAUAAUAAAAAAAACAACAGAAGAACACACAAACACAGUUUUUAAAAUUUUAUGAAAAUAAAAAAAAAAAACACUAACCUCCUAAAUCCCAUUAAAAAAACGUUUUGCAGUUUAUAGUGGAAACUAACAACAACAACAAUAAAAAAAUAAAUUUAUUAAUUUCUUUUAACCAUUACUGAUUUAUUAAUAAUGUAUUGUGUAAUGCUUUAAACAUGAAAAAUAGAAAUAAUAAUCUUAAAAUUAUUAUUUUAUUUUUUUAAAACAAAAAAAAUUGUCCUGUCUUCCACUUGUGCUGCAAUAUUAUUAACAAAACGAAACGAAACAAAAAAACGAAGAAAAAAAUCUAAUUUUUUUGCUCCUCUGUUUUUUUUUAAGAUUAGAUACGGAUACAUAAAAUUAGUUUUAAUAUUUGAUCAUCAAAAACACACAAGAAUUUUUUUGUAUUCUUAGUUUAAUGUAUUUUUAUUUAAUUAGUAGUUAUUCUCUAUUUUUUUUAAAGAAAAUUUGAAACAACAAACAGUUUUAAAAAAUGAAAACAAUAGUAGACCAUCAUUAUUAAGAAACGAAGAAAAAAAACAA